CGGCCCAUUGCAUAACAUUCCAUGUUAAAAAAAUAAAAAAUUAAAAAAUAUACAUGGAUGGAUCUAGAAUAGGAAACAUUUUGUUUAUUUGUUUUUCUUUGUCUGAACACUAUCCAAUUACCUGCAUCUUUAUUUUUUUUCAAUGUCGAUUAAAAAAUGGCAGAUUCUUGUUCCUAUUAAUUUCCUUUCCAUUUUUAAAGUAAAAUUUUCUUCUUCUUUAAUUAUAUAGAGUUUGCAUCCUCUUCCAAUUUUUUUUAUUUGGUGAUUUAACUUCAUUUUAUGGAUUUAAUUUUUAACAUUCUUAUUCAGAUCUGCUGAUUGUAUCAAAAUCUCAUUACUGUCUUCAUUCAAAACUCGGUAAUAUUUUAAUUUUGAAGGUAAAAAACUAAGCUCAAAUAUGUUUUUUCAUUAUGAAAUCGAAAUGGGUCCCUGUAAUUUGUUAUUUUUGCUAUAUUUACAAUUUUUCGUUCUCUGAUUUGAACAUGCAAAUGAGAUCUGAGCUUGAUGAUAAGCUGGGACGACAUGGUUAAGUUACCAAAAUUUGGUGGGCAUGUGUUAUACUUUUCUAUUGAUGUAAGGAUGAAUCUAUGGUAGAUAUUAUGUAUUUUAUGUCCAAAUUGGUCUAAUCUGCUAUAAAACUGGGGUUUGAUUUGUUGGUAUUUUGUGACUUUUAGUGUCUUGAUUAGAUUGUUAAGCAUCCAUAUGUUGAUUUAUUUUUGCAUGUGGUAGUGUGUCCACUGAAAAUAGUGGAAUUGAUCUGCAAAACUUUCUAGAAUUGUGUUGUUAAUCUCGAACAAAACAGUAGUAUUAUAUUUUAUAUUUUUAUAUCAAUUAUACUCUGAUUUUGUAAAUGGUUUUGAAUCACAAUUCAUCGCAUCAUUUAUAGUGCUGUUAUAAUCAGAGUUUUGCAAUGAACCUCGAGAUUUAUUAAGGACUUGAUUAAGAAUAUGUGAUCCACCAAGCUCUAUAUCUGGACGAUCCUAACAUCUUGUGCUGCAUUUCAAAUGGCAACUUCACCAAUACAGUUGGCUGUGCAUUCACGUUUGUUGAGCUAUGGCAGUAGUGAAUCAACCAAGCUGGUUCCUGCACCCCCAGGUAACCGUGGAAAAAUAGUAUGCAGUGUAAAGAAGCGGGAAUUGGAAGAGAUGAAUUUCUCUGGCAUAGGUCGAAAAAAUGAUCAACAAGUUUCUGGGAGGUUUCAUCAACUAAAAGCACUAUCAGCAUCAGGAAUUUCACUUGUUCCAACUGUAAAAAGGGUUCCCACUUACCUUUUCAGGACAGACAUUGGUGGUCAAGUAAAAGUCUAUGUGGAAAAGACAAAUGGAAAGUACAAAGUGCUUGUAGAAGUUUUGCCAGUGGAGCUCUCAGAUGCACAUGCUGAGCUGGUUAUAGUUUGCGGCGUAUUUAGAUCUGACGCGUCAUGCUUUAUGCCUCUAGAUCUAAACAGAUGUGGAGCAGAUGGAAAAAGCAGUACUAUUGAAACACCAUUUGUGCAAGGACCUUCAGGCAAGGUUACAGUUGAGCUGGAUUUUGAAGCAAGUUUAGCCCCCUGCUAUAUCUCCUUCUAUAUAAAGUCACAACUAGUUACUGACAUGGAAAGCUCAGAAAUCAGAAGCCACAGGAACACGAAUUUUGUUGUGCCAGUUGGUUUCAGUUCAGGGCAUCCUUCUCCAUUGGGUCUUUCCUUUCUGCCAGAUGGAUCCUUGAAUUUUGCUCUCUUCUCACACAGUGCAAAAAGUGUAGUUUUGUGCUUGUAUGAUGACACAUCUGCUGAAAAGCCUACCUUAGAGAUUGAUCUAGAUCCUUAUGUUAAUCGAUCAGGUGAUAUUUGGCAUGCUGCUCUAGAUUGUUCUUUGUUAUUUAAGACUUAUGGUUAUAGAUGCAAGGCGGCUACUUCUGGGAAGAGAGGAGAGCUGGUUCUUUUGGACCCAUAUGCUAAGGUUAUAAGGAGUGUUAUUUCUCGUCAGGGUGGGUCUGAGAAAUGUCCAAAAUAUCUUGGAGAACUAUGUCAGGAACCUGGCUAUGAUUGGAGCGGUGAUGUCCGUCCUAGCUUACCUAUGGAGAAACUGAUAAUUUAUCGCUUAAAUGUGACUCAAUUUACAAAGGACAAGUCCAGUAAGCUACCCGAUGACCUUGCUGGAACGUUCUCUGGUAUUAGCAAAAAAUGGCACCAUUUCAAAGAUCUUGGUGUGAAUGCAAUGUUACUUCAGCCAAUUUUCCCUUUCGAGGAGCAGAAAGGACCCUAUUAUCCGUGUCAUUUCUUUUCACCUGGAAAUAUGUAUGGACGUUCUGGCGACGCUCUUUCUGUCAUUAAAUCUGUAAAAGAUAUGGUUAAGAAACUACAUGCUAACGGGAUAGAGGUUUUUCUUGAAGUUGUUUUCACUCACACAGCACAGGAUGCUCCUUUGAUGCAUGUUGAUAACACUUCAUAUUGCGUAAAAGGUGGUGAUCUGAAUAUUCAAAAUGCAUUGAAUUGCAACUACCCCGUAGUCCAACAAAUGAUUUUGGACUGUCUCCGCCACUGGGUAAUUGAGUUUCGUAUUGAUGGUUUUGUUUUUAUAAAUGCUUCUUCCUUGUUGAGAGGGUUCCAUGGAGAGAUUCUAUCUCGUCCUCCAUUAGUCGAAGCUAUUGCCUUUGAUCCUAUACUUUCAAAUGUCAAGAUAAUUGCGGAUAAUUGGAAUCCAGUAGCUAAUGAUUCAAAGGAAAAUUUAUUCCCUCACUGGAGGAGAUGGGCAGAGAUAAAUCUGAGAUUUUGUGCUGACAUUCGAGACUUCUUGAGAGGUGAGGGUCUUCUAAGCAAUCUAGCAACACGACUUUGCGGAAGUGGGGAUAUCUUCUCAGGUGGACGGGGCCCUGCAUUCUCUUUUAAUUAUAUUUCCAGAAAUUUUGGGCUUACUCUUGUUGACCUGGUUAGCUUCAGUAGUAGUGAAGUGGCUUCAGAGUUAAGCUGGAACUGUGGAGAAGAAGGCGCUACAACUAAUACUAUUGUCCUAGAGAGACGACUUAAACAAGUUCGUAAUUUUUUGUUCAUAUUGUUCAUUUCUCUAGGUGUGCCAGUACUGAACAUGGGAGAUGAGUGUGGUCAGUCUUCAGGAGGUUCCCCUGCAUAUGAGGCUCGAAAAUCUUUUGAUUGGAAUACUUUAAAAACUGGUUUUGGGAUUCAAACUACCCAGUUUAUUGCAUUCUUGAGUAAUUUAAGAAUGAGAAGAAGUGAUCUUCUUCAAAAGAGUACCUUCUUGAAGGAAGAAAACAUCCGGUGGCAUGGGAUUGACCAGUCUCCUCCAAAAUGGGAUGACCCUUCCAGCAAAUUCUUGGCUAUGACUCUGAAGGCCGAUGCUGAAGUCAGCCAGACGCCAGUAUCUGAUAUUGGAGGUGACCUGUUUGUUGCCUUCAAUAGUGCAGGCGAUUCAGAGUGUGUUAUCCUUCCACCACCUCCAACGGAUAUGGUAUGGCAUCGUCUCGUUGACACAGCCCUCCCUUUCCCCGGGUUUUUUGAUGAGAAGGGGACCCCAGUUGAAGAUGAAUUAGUUGCAUAUGAGAUGAAGUCUCACAGCUGUUUACUGUUUGAAGCACAGCGACUAGCUGAAACUUAAUUUCCUUUACACUUUAAUUUCCUUUACACUGGCCUGUUGCCUUUUCAACUCGAGUCGUGCAUCAUCAGGCCUCUUACUCCUUCACAAUAGAUUUUAGCAAGGCAACAGAGCAUCGUAGACUUUCUUCUAAGAGAAUAGUUUGUAAGCCCAUAUAUAUAUAUAUAUAUAUAUAUUUAAAUAUAAGAGGCGUUUUCUUCUGAA